GCCAGCGCAACAAAAUGGCAGCCUCCAUGGUUAUAGUUUUUCUGUUCAUUUCGCUAUUGCACCUGUCAAAAUAUUGCAUUCCUCACAUCGUGAAACAAGUAAUGAGAUAUGUAUUUGGAGAGAAACAGGAGGAGGGAAGAAAGAAAGCGGAAUUGAUGCAAUUACAAGAGGAGCAAUCACAACUGAACGUCAAAGAGGACUUCCCCAAAUAUGCCAGGAUCGAGAGAAAAAUCAACAAGAUAAAAGAUGAUAUGAAAAAACUCAGGCAAGGCAAAACUGCCAAGACGUUCACCUUCAGUUGGGGUCUUACUCUAGCUCUCAAUGCACUGCAGACUUGCUGCCUGAUCUCAGUGAUCUGGAGGUAUCGUUAUGAACCCAUGAUCAUGCUGAAGGAAGAAUGGCUAUGGCCUCUAGCAGGAGUUGUCUCCUUCCCCAGCGGCAUCCCGGGGGCUCUUGGCAUCUCCAUCUGGAUCCUCAUCUGCAACAACAUCUUGAAGAGGGCAGGGAAGAUCGUCAGCUCCAUAAAUACAAAGACAGAAACAUGACAGUAGGUGUUUAGUUCGGUUGAUGGAAAAGCAUGAUUGCCUGUAUGUAUGAAAGAAAGGGAUAGAUGUGGGCGGAUCUAAGAUUCAAACCUGCCGUCGAUUUCACAAAACUCUUCCUAACUUAAGACUAAUCUUAGGACUUAGGACGAGUCCAAACCCU